AUGAUGUAUUUCCUUACAAAAGGUAAAACUGGAAACCCUGGAGAGAGGGGAGUUCAAGGGAAACCAGGUUUACAGGGACCCCCUGGAAGUACAGGAGACCGGGGACUUGCAGGAGAACCAGGGCCACGAGGACUGCAAGGUGAAGCUGGACCUCCUGGAGAAAUGGGUGUUGAGGGACCGCCAGGCAUUGAGGGAGAAUCUGGUCUGCAAGGAGAGCCAGGUGCAAAGGGAGAUAUUGGACCUGCAGGCAGUGUUGGAGGAAAUGGAGAACCAGGGUUACGGGGUGAACCAGGAUCUCCUGGAGAAGAAGGUCUCCAAGGAAAAGAUGGAUUAAAGGGGACCCCAGGAGAAAGGGGACUUCUUGGAGAGGAUGGAGAAAAAGGAGAAAUGGGCUUACCAGGAACUACAGGGCCCUUGGGUAGACCGGGUCAGAUGGGCCUUCCUGGACCAGAAGGAAUUGUGGGAAUUCCAGGACAAAGAGGUCGUCCAGGAAAAAAGGGUGAUAAAGGACAAAUAGGACCCCUGGGAGAAGUUGGAAGCAGAGGUGCUCCAGGACAAAUUGGAGAAAGUGGUCCUAAGGGUGCCAGAGGAACUAGAGGUGCUGUGGGACAUUUAGGAUUGAUGGGACCUAAAGGAGAACCAGGAAUUCCAGGUUAUAGGGGCCAUCAAGGUCAACCAGGACUCUCUGGGUUGCCAGGACCUAAAGGAGAAAAGGGUUACCCAGGAGAAGAUAGCACAGUCCUAGGACCACCUGGGCCUCGAGGUGAACCAGGUCCAGUGGGGGAGCAAGGAGAGAGAGGACAGCCUGGACCAGAGGGAUACAAGUCCCAAUUUCUGGAACACAAACUUCUUGGUCCUAAAGGGAAAAAAGGAGCUCCUGGCCCUUCUGGGAAACGUGGAAUCCCUGGACUCCCAGGCCUACCUGGGCCAAAAGGAAUGCAAGGAAACCAUGGAGCAGAUGGCAUUUCAGGAAACCCUGGAAAAGUUGGGCUACCAGGAAAACAGGGGCUUCCAGGCAUCAGAGGCAGCCCAGGAAGAGCAGGACUGGCUGGGUCUCCAGGUCCUCGAGGAUUAAAGGGUUCAUCAGGCCUGCCAGGAAGCCCAGGAGUACUAGGCCCAAAGGGUGAACAAGGGCUGCCUGGUCAACCUGGAAUUCAAGGUAAAAGAGGUCACCAAGGAGCACAGGGUGAUCAAGGACCUUGUGGAGAGCCUGGCCUGAAAGGGCAAUCUGGAGAACAUGGUGUUCAAGGUUUGACAGGUUUCCAAGGAUUUCCAGGUCCCAAAGGUCCUGAGGGGGAUGCUGGCAUUGUUGGAAUAUCAGGUUCUAAAGGCCCUAUUGGACAGAGAGGAAACACUGGCCCCCUUGGUAGAGAAGGUAUAAUAGGCCCAACAGGUAGAACUGGACCCAGAGGUGAAAAGGGCCUUAGAGGUGAAACUGGUCCCCAAGGACCAAGAGGUCAACCAGGGCCUCCAGGUCCACCUGGAGCACCAGGCCCAAGAAAACAAAUGGAUAUAAAUGCUGCUAUUCAAGCUUUGAUUGAAUCAAAUGCUGCCCUACAGAUGGAGAGCUACCAGAAUACUGAAGUGACUUUGAUCGACCACAGUGCAGAGAUAUUCAAAACUCUGCACUACCUUAGCAAUUUACUGCACAGCAUCAAGAAUCCUCUUGGCACACGAGAUAACCCAGCACGAAUCUGCAAAGAUUUGCUUAACUGUGAACACAAAGUAUCAGAUGGGAAAUACUGGAUUGAUCCAAAUCUCGGAUGUCCUUCAGAUGCCAUAGAAGUUUUCUGCAAUUUCAGUGCUGGUGGCCAGACAUGUUUAUCUCCUGUUUCUGUGACAAAGUUGGAGUUCGGAAUUGGGAAAGUCCAGAUGAAUUUCCUUCAUUUACUGAGCUCGGAAGCCACCCAUAUCAUCACCAUUCACUGUCUCAACACCCCAAGGUGGACAAGUGCACAAACAAGCGGCCCAGGAUUGCCUAUUGGUUUCAAGGGAUGGAAUGGUCAGAUUUUUGAAGAAAAUACUCUACUCGAACCUAAAGUGCUUUCAAAUGACUGCAAG